AUGGCAGGGUCAUAUCCAUGUAGCUCACAUAGCCCAUCCCGCAUACAGGUCGCAACAUGGGACUGCGGCCUCGCCUGCGUCAGCAUGGUCCUCACAGCCCUCAGUAUCGCCCACACGCACGCCGACCUCCUGGACGCCGACGAUGGCGCCGCUGCGGACGCCGACGGACUCUGGACGAUUGACCUCGCUUACCUUCUGAGGAAAUUCGGCGUGCGGGAUUUCACAUACUACACAUCCUACAUCGGCGUCAACCAACGCUACACCCACAGCCUCUUCUACGCACGCACCCUCCCGUCGGACCGACGUCGCAUCCAUGCCCUCUUCCAGCGCGCCGCAGAGAACAGGGUCCGCGUGGUCGCGCACACGCUGCCGGUGCUGGAUAUCGUGCGGUUCGUGGAUAGUGGGCUGUACGCGUGUGUGGUGUUGGUCGAUUUGAGGAGGUUGAGGUGUCGGUGGUGUAGUGGGUGGACGAAACGGUUUUGGAGGGGGCUGUGGGACUUCAUCGGCCACUACAUCCUCCUCGUCGCCUACGACGAAUCCACCGACUCGUUUCUGUACCGUGACCCCGGAACGCAUGAGGAGCUGUGUGCGGUUAGUGUGGAUGGGUUUGAGGCGGCGAGGAAGGCGGUGGGGACGGAUUGUGAUGUUGUUGUUGUUCGAGUUGUGGAGGGGUGA